CUCUUCUCCAAGUUGCCACCUCCCUUUUUUUUCUCUCGUCUACGUCUUCUUUAUGCUUUCGACUCUUGCAGGGAUUUUUGGUGCUUUUGUUUGCCCGUGCUGCUUCCGUUUCUAGCUUGCUCUGCAUCCUUUUCUGCUUCUCACACCGGCUCUUCUCUCACCUGCUCGACGCCUCCCCGCAAAAGCCCACCCCCCACACCACCACACGACCCGUGAGCUUUGGAACGAACCGCUGCCCAACGAACAUUUUCUCGCGCCAACCGCUGCUGCAAUUCUGCUCGUCUGAGUUGCUUCACCUCUCGAUUCGCAGUGGAAGCAACUUACGAACGGCCUGUUACAUCCAGAAUCAACCCCAAUAGCCCGUUGGUAGCUUCUUGGAAGCUGCCGAUCGAGCUGCGAUCGUAGGAUCCAUGGGCCAAGCAUCAUGUCUCUGAAGCGGUCUCUCUCGACGCCUGUUCGCAUACAAUCACAACCACAAUCUCCUUCCGCACCCCCAACUUCCCAAGAGGCGACACCAAGCACCCAACUGCUCAGCCCGCCUCUACAAACCACCAGACACCAAUCUCGCAGCCCUGCGCCUCGCGUAUCACAAUGGAGAGAAUCAAUCCCGCUGCGUCGCAAAGGCGACGAUUCUGUACAGCGUGGACGGCAGAUCGAGCCCAACAGCGCGGUGUCAGUCCCUGCCUACAUUGACCAACCACGCAUCGACCUUACCUCCUUCGCCGCUAGCCCAUCCGGUAUUACUCAGUCCCUCUUGGCUGAGAAGACGGCUGCUGCAUAUGACCCAUCUCCCAGUACAGACCGGUACUCUACACCCAUGUCAGAAGCGACCAGCUUACAGGAGCUUGCCCACUAUGUCCGCUUGUCUAGAUACCAGGAACGCAAGCGGGCAACUGUGCGCAUCCGGCUAGAAAGAACAUUGAUAUCAACAGCCCUAAAUGCACGACUUAUUCGCUGCGGCGAGUUAGGACAUCGCAGCCUCGUCGAAAACUUUCGACGAGAUGACAAGGAUGGAUUCGCAGCCCUCUACAGCGCCAUUCAGGAUGUUCGCAAAAGCUGUGAUGAGCUACGUCGCUACGCCCUACUAGAACCCGAUCUCGAAGCCCAGUCAUCACCGGUUCUGGGCUCUUCAGAAUGUCUCGACGACGUGACUGGCCCAUCAUCUCAAGUUAAUGUCGAUCAACCUGUUACCUCGUUCUUGGAUACAAUUGCGCCAACAUCCAAGGAACAAUUCCUCAAAUUCCUAUCACAAAUUCGAACCAAUCCCGACUACUUGGCUGCUCGCCUUGCUGCGCUUUCAAGCUCUGAACUUGGCGCAAUGCUACAGGCUCAUAAAGGCUUCGAUACAAUGGAGUCCGUACUCUCAUCCUCUCGCUCAUCAUCCCGUACACAAGCCAACAACUCGACACGCAACGGCAUGUCCGAUGUAGAAAAGCUCCUCUCUUUUCAACGACACGAUCCACUAUCAAUCCUAAUUCAUACUUGCUUUGCUAAUUCGGCUGGCCCGGGAAGCAACGAAGAUUUACGUCGAACAGACGUCUGGGCCACAGCUCUGGCACGCCUCAUCUCUGAACCUAAAUCGUCAAGCGAGCAUUUUCUGAUACGCAUCCUUAACACAUGGACAAUGAUGCGUGAUUGGGCCGGUAAAUCCAACAUGGAAUGGUACUUGAUGAAAAUUUUGAGCGAUGGUGCGUUUCUGCUUGACCGUGCUGAGGAUCAACAUGGUACUCGCUUCAAUCUCGCCAAUUGGAAUCGCUCCGACGAAGCAGCCGCAGAUAAGUUCUAUAGCCGAGCCGUCACAGAAUUGUUUGAACUUGUCGCCAAUGAAGACGGAACCGGGAUACCCGAUGGACUUUUGGAGCUUGGAACGGCAGUUCUAAAGAAGUUGGACGGAAAAUACGUCGACAACACAUCGAAAUGGCUUGUUUGGAGAUGUCUCUUCUUCGUCUUCUUUCUCGGCGUUAUUGUCCACCCAGAGUCGCACGGAAUGCUCUCGCAAUAUUAUAUCACGCCUUAUGCGAGAGAAAAGAUUCUCAAAAAAGUGGCCAUCAAAGCACACGAGUACGUGUCCAACAUGUGGAGUGCAAAGGCCAACACUCCUGCUGCAACAGUCGAGAUCCCCGGCCACAUCAAGACUCAUAUUGAGAAUAUCCUCGAUAGAUUCCAAGGUGGUCAAUCUAACGCGACAAAAUUGCAGCCCGCCAAAUCAGUCACAUCGUUAAGAGAAACGGCCGAAGUCCAUCCAUUUAUUUUAGUCUGUCCAGCUGACAUCUCAACUCUGAUAAACGCACUCUUCCCAGAACGCCGCCCACUGUCAUCAGCUUCUAGCGGGCUACGAUCCAACGUACCGUCACUUUCAGCCCUGUCAGCUCUUUCCAAUGCAUCUCAACCAGUAUCAAUGGUCAACCCAAAGAGCAGCAUAGAGACAGGUUCAGUAAUAGGAACGAGUGUCUCAUCGAUCUUUAGCGACAACAGCGCCACGAAUGACGCCAAUGCUGCGGGCAGCAAAACCAUCCCCGAACGAUUCUCACCAGCCAAUGAAACUGAGCAACAGCGCAAAUCAAAUCGAUACGAGGAUGACGGAUUCCAAUUGCGCCUGGCGCUCCACGAGAUGGGCCGUACCCUCGGUAACGAUGUCGUCCGUGGUACAUGCCAUCCUUGUGCGGAUACCUGGGCCAUUAUUUUCACUUCCUCCGAUGGGAAGAAGUUGACUACACGAAUGACAUAUGAUGUGGAUUUGCGAGCUGCCGCAGAAGAAACUGGAUCCAGCACCGCAACCGAGGAUACCUGUGAGACCGAGCGUGAUCGGGAACAGGUUCGCGAAUCCAUCUUGAAACUUGUUGAAGAAUAUGAAAUCCCACGCAGCGCCGACGAUGAUGACGACCACUCUCAUUUGACGUAUCGAACUUCUCCAGAUGGGAAAAACAGAUCAGAAACAAGGCCUAUCAUGCCCGAGCUGGCUCAUCUAGCAGGCGGAGCCCGUCAGGUUCCCCAGUUCCGGAGUGCAACAGCCCCAACAAGAGUUUCGACUGAACAAGAGUCCGUUCUCAUCACAAUGCUCCAAGCCGCCUACUCACAGGCAAAAUCACAGUCCGACUUUAUUUCCUCGCAUAUGUAUUGGGAUGCGCUCAACCAUUUGCAGACCUUGUAUCCCACGGCAGCUUACAAGGCUGGAUACUCAGACCUAGUCCACUCAUUCUCUCGAGAACCACGCGACAGUAUACAAGAAUCUACAUAUGCCAUAGAGGAAUACGAUGCUUGGCUUGUGUGGCUGAAGCAAAGCCAAGAGAGACUCGAAAGGCUUAUCAACCGGAUGAUGAGGCGUGUUCGAGCCAUUCGCGAUAAGAUGUGGUAUGUAGCAGAUGUCCGGAACUCAACAGAAUAUGCCUACGCCCGCGACACCUGUCAAGGGCUAAAGUUCAUGGGAAUGCCCCAACGCUGGAGCUCUUCGCAGGGAUCUUGGACUACAGCCAAUCGUGGCUCUGGCCCAGCAUACCUGUAUUGGACCGAAUCUCAAGUAAUUGAAUUGCUUGCCGCAUCCAAGUCACACGGAGGACCCAACAAGUUGACGGACGAUCAAGCUGAGAUUACAGCUACAUGGUUGAAAAACAAGGGAGUUGAAAACUUGUGUCGUGGUGAAGAACGAAUCCACCGAUUUUGCUGUGAGCUGGACAAAUACAUCUCGCAAUUGGUCGGCGAAAACAUUCGCGAAGCACCUGUCCUGUGGUCCAGCGAGCUGUAUCGACGUGAUAAGCAUCUAUAUGAUCAAACAAAGCGGCAAGGACUGGAUAGACGGCCCUCAGCAGACGAUGCAUCCAGCUUCCUCAGCGAUGCGUCACAACCUUAUUCGGCCACUUUCAAAACUUCCAACCAUAAUAGAAGGCUCAGCAGCAACGGACGAUUCCAAUCGCCGUUUGAUAGCCCGAGGCACGGCCAACUUAGAUCUGCAGUUCCCUUCAAUGAUGUGCUGGAUGGUCAGGACUACCUUGAUCGUACUUCGCCCGUUCAUGCAAACCACUUGCCGCCAACAUUCUGGUCGCCCUUUCAGCCUACAACCUCUUCAGUGCGCGCAUAUUCUCCGACAACAAGUAUGACAAAUCUGUCCGCCAAAUACUCGAUGCUGUCGAACAAUGUACCCGUGAUCUCACCAGGGAGCGUUUCACUUGGUCGACCAGAAACCAUUGCGUCGUUCAACGAGACAAUUUACCACAAUACGGUUGACGGAGAUAAAGCCUCAUUCCUCGCGCAAAUUAAGCAGACUCUUACUGGUCUCUUAAUUUCUGAUCUCGGAAACCUCGUAUUGCCUCGUGGAUCAGAGACAGAUCAAUGGUUUAGAAAACUGGGCCAAGAGUGCAUUGAACGAAAACAAGCACUGGAUGAUCAUGCUUCUCGGAAGGCAGCCUUGAAGGACGCCUCCAUCAAGACAUCGAACAAGCCCCGUGCUCUAGAGAAGAAGAAAAGUUUCGGGGAUUUAAGAGGUGCUGGUGAAAACAUUACUGAGCGCGAAGAAGUCGACACUAGUUCUGACGCUGGCUUCUUUGGUGACAUGUCGUCAUCCCAAAGACUAGCUACGCCCGUCAAGCAAGCGCCAGAGUUCCCCUUUAGCAAGGCUUACAAGCGUCUGUUAACCAUGUUUUGCGUCCACCCCAACCCAUAUGUCAAGCUCUCCGCCCUCAGAGAGCUUGAGCAACUGGUCACUGCAUCCAUCCAAGCUAAGAAGAAGCGUUCGCGACCAGCGAGAUCUAAGGCUGAACGAUCUACCAAUGGGACGUCAAAAGACGUGCCCUCGUCUGCAGAGAUAACUGCCGAACUGUUGAAGCUCUUCCGAGACGCAUCCAUUCGCCCCAAACACCUGUUCCGCGACCUACAGUUCAUCUCUGCAUUUGUUCCCCCGUCCAUCCUGGACAAGCAAGAGCAGGGGCAAGCUUUCUGGAACGCUGGCGUUGCAGCACUGCAGCUUAAGACGGAAGUAUGCCGAACAAUGAUCGAAAUGGCGGACGAAGUCUUUGCUGCGCAUACACAAACAAGAAGCACAACGUACGAGGAUGGAGCAGUUGGCUCUCCUGCACCUUCAGCGACUGGCACGCCACCACCACCCAGCAGUAAAUACAACCUUUACGAUGUUGGUAGAAUGUGGACUAUUACAGCCAAGGAGGGAUAUCCUGCUGCGCAGCGUGAGCUUGCACUGUUUUACCUGUCCAACCCAGAAUUUGUCAACCGAAGUACACUACCAUUGGCACGUCCCAAGGAAAUCUUUAAGCCUGCCGUCAUGGCAAAAUUCGCACGCAGCGACAAGACACGAAGCAUGCCGUCAUCGCAAUCCGGCACACUGUCCGCUUCCAACAGCGCUGAUCUAAACGCGCCCGCGGGAGCCGCGAACGGCAACGGCAACACCGAUGAUGCUCGUAAUGACCCUGCCUUGAUGUGCGUCGCUAUCCACUGGAUGGAAGCAGCACAAUCUGGCGGAGACGGCCUGGCAAUCAGCUUUCUUCAUCAAAAUGGCUACUAUGAGCCACUUGCAGAGACCAAGGCAGCGGAGAAGGCUACCGCUAUGGAGUAAAACACAGCAACCAAUAACAGGAUAUAUGGGUCAGUUGUAUUUUGGGUGAUUUUAUAUUUUGGAGGCGGUCUGAUGACCUGUACAAAGGGCACUUUAUACGAAUUCACGAUGUAAUGCCCUGGUUAAUAGCUGGGAUGGAGAAAAAUAUACUUAGCAUAGCGAUAUAAAGUACAUAUCGAUUCAGUAGUGUAACUUGGAGUUUUGGCGAGUUUGUAUUCUCUGGUAGCCAUAUAAACGAGCAAUUGAAAUUCUUCCUCUUAUCCAUUCUAAAGAUAAAUUGAGUGUGUGUAGCUUGGUUUGACGGCGUUUUGCCUGUAGAGGGUGCAUGCCCAAAGUAAUUUGCUACCCGACACAGCAACGCCAUAGAGACACCGUGCGAACAACACAACAUCAGCAGGGAAAAUGGAAACGAGGAAAAUUCAUUAUUCAUAGC